AUGGGGCCUGCUCUCGCCGAGACGUCCCUCUGGGCGAACCGCAAGUGUCUGGUCAUCUGCGCCGUGGUCGCCGUGGCCAACAUGCAGUACGGCCUCGACUCGGCCAUCGUGGCUAGUCUGCAGGCCAUGCCGGGCUUCCUCAAGGUGUACGGCCACGCCGACCCGACGGCGGCGGGCGGCUACGCCAUUGGCAGCGUGUUUCAGCAGCUCAUCGGCUCGCUGCUGACCCUGGGCGCCUUCUUGUCGUCGCUCGUGGCCGGCGCGUUUGCCCACUUCUUUGGGCGCAAGCCGGCGCUGUGGCUCGCGUGCUUCCUGACGGCCCUGGGCUGCGCGAUCCAGAUCGCCACGGAGAGCAAGGGCGUCGUGUACCUGGGGCGCCUGGUGCUGGGCGUGGGCAACGGCUUCCUGGUGACCUUCUCCAACAUCUACACGGCCGAGGCGGCGCCGGCGCACCUGCGCGCCGUCAUGGUGGCGCUCUUCUCAGAGUGGGUCAACAUUGGCAGCAUCGUUGGCUCGGUGGUGACGAACGCGUGCAAGAACCGGCUCGACAAGCAGUCGUACCAGAUCCCCAUCGGCACCCUCUUUAUCGUGCCGGCCCUGCUGGCUGUGGGCCUCUGCUUCGUGCCCGAGUCGCCGCGCUAUCUCAUGUACAAGGGCCGGACGACGGCGGCGCGCGUGGCGCUCGAGACGCUGCGCGGCGACGCGCUGCCGGCGGAGCAGCUGGAGCUCGAGUGGGUCGAGAUGGCGCGCGGCAUCGAGGAGGAGAAGCGCGUGGCGAGCUCGAUCGGCCCCGUCGACAUGUACCGCGGCACGGACCUGCGGCGCACGCUGCUGUGCUACGGCGUGAUUGCGUCGCAGACGGGCGCGGGCUCGUGGUUUGUCAUCUCGUACGCGACGUACUUUAUGAUUGUGUCCGGGCUCACCGUCGACGCCGCCUUCAAGUACUCGAUUAUGAACACGUGCCUCGGCCUCGUCGGCGUCAACGUCGGCAUCUACGCCAUGCGCCACCUCGCGGGCCGCCGCGGCAUCCUGAUGACGGGCGCCCUCGCGCAGGGCGCCUGCAUGUUGGGCAUGGCCGUGGCCGUCACGGUGGCGCCGGGCACCGUGGCGGCGCGCAACUGCCUGAUUGCCUUUGUGGCCCUGUUUCUGUUCUCGUACAAUGCCUUUGUCGGCGACGCCAGCUACCCGGUCUCGACGGAGCUGGUCAGCACGCGGCUGCGGUCCUGGACGGUCGGCUCGGCCAUCAGCCUGGGCUACUUUCUGGCGUGGCUGACGGGCUUCUGCUCGCCGUACUUUAUCAACCCGACCAACCUGAAUUGGGGCGCAAAAUAUGGCUACAUCUGGGCCGGCUCCAACUUUUGCUGCUUCCUCUUCUUCUUCUUCUUCAUCCCAGAGCUCAAGGGCCGCUCCCUCGAAGAGAUUGACGAGCUGUUUGCCAAGCGCGUCGGCGCCUGGAAGUUCAAGUCGUACCAGACGACCCUCCUCGACGAAGCCCUGCAGCAGGUGCAGAAAGGCGAGGCAGACGUCGCACGUGUCGAUUCCGCAGCCAAGGAGGUGCCCACCACGGUGGAACACGCGGCGUAG